CCCAUUUCCUCUUGGUAUCUCUUUUUCUCUCUCGAGCAAUUGGCUCGUUUUUCUUCUUUUUCUUUUCCCUUGUGUUUUUGAAACUGCAACGAACAAACAUGGUUUGGUGGACGGAUGCAAGAAAGGGCACACGAGAUUGGUAUAGGUCAGCAGACGUACUUGGACAUGGCUAUGGAUGUGGAUAGCGAUAUGGAUACGGCAGGGACAGACAUGGAUGGGUAUCGCAGCGCGCGUACCUCAUCUGUCUCCAUAUCAGCAGCGGCUAUUGCUGCUGCUGCUGCUGCUGCUGCCUAUCCGCUUUCCGAUCAUCACCACUCUAUACACCCAUACACCACACUAUACACCCCCCAUACACACACCACAUAAAUUGGACCCGGGCGCGCCGCAGCCGCUUACGCUAGCUGUCUUCGUACACAUACACAGCACGAAACGACACAGCACAACAAAACAAGCAAGCAAGCAAGCGGCGCGCCUUGACGACACGAGGCGACGUAAUGCGACUGUUUUCAAGUUUUCUUCUUUUCUUUGUUUUCGUUUGUUGUUGUUGGUAGCGUCUCUACUUCUUUUUUACUUUCUUAACUUUGGUUUGGGUGGUGAUACUGGUAGUGGGUGGGAAGAGAUUGAUUGAGUGACUAUUCUUUGGAGGGCUUUGUGGUGCCUACAAUGGGUUUGAGCGUGCGAGCGAAUGGAUAAGGGUAGAUAAGCUGUACAGUAGGAAUAGGAUUAGGAUAGGAAUAGCGAAAACAAAAAUAUUGGGAUUGGGAAUUAGAUUGGGAGUUU